CUGGAUUCCAUUGCACUUGGUUACCAAAACAAACAAAUGUUAUCAGCGUGCCUGGGGAGAGACAAAGAGUGAGUGUGCUCAGCAAAUAUGUUAAGAACCAAAAAGAAAAUUAAGAAGAAAAGCAUUAAAAAAUCAUCUUCCACGGAUGUGAAAAAGGAGUCUAUUCCUGAAGUACAACUUCCCAAGAGGGUUCCUGGGGAAAAGCUUUUAGCAGCUCUGCAAGAAUGGAAAAAUGUAUUGCAGGCCCGGCCUGUGCCCAGUUCUAUCACAGAAAUGGAAAGCAAGAAUACAGAACAGGAGAGCAAAGAGCUGAGGCUUGUCUUCAAGUGUGUUGAUGUAAAUAAAAAAGGAUUCCUAAAUGCAAAUGAAGUCCAGAGUGCUCUUGAGUUGAUGGGAUUUGUGAUAAACAAGCAUGGUGAAGAACAUAUAAAAAAAUGGAUGGAUUUAAAUAAAGGGAGUCUUGGAUUUUGUGGGUUUCAGGAGCUCGUUGCAGACUGGCAUGGCGUAACCAGGGAUUUCUAUAAUGAGCUUAAGAAAGGAUUUUCUCUGAUUGAUCAAGAUAAAGAUGGAAAAAUUAGCAUGAGUGAUUUGAAUGCAGCCUCCAAGAUGGCGGGAAUUCAUUUGUCGCGCCAAGAGCUUGAAGAGAUGAUGGCUGAAGCUGAUCAGAACGGAGACCGGGCAGUUGACAUUAGCGAAUUUAUUGAAAUUAUGCUAAAAACCAACUUGUUUUAGGGACACUUCAUAGUCAUAGUCAGUCAAUAAAGCUACAAUAUAAACUCAUUCACAGUUAAUUAUACAGAGUGCGGAAAUAGGACACUCAUUACUUGCCUUAUUCAUAUCUGUUGUGGGCACAAUUCUAUGGGUAACAAAAUACCAUGGAAUGAAGUGUGUCUGCUUCCUGACCACAAAAAAAAUUAUAGAGCUAAAAAUGACAGCUUUCUUAGUGCCUUUAGACAUUAGCCUCUUUGUGGUACCUAGGCAUACAGUAUGUAGCUUGGCUGCUCAAUACAUUACCACUCAUUUACGAAGAAAGUGCAUGGAUACAACAAAACGGAAUUCCUGUCCAAUUUCAGGCACCAGUAAAAUAGUAGUAGUAUCACAACCUACAUGCAAUUUACCAGUUGCUGCAAAUUUCUGAUUUUGGUGUGUUUAUUUGUGCAGCAGCCCCACAUACAGCACAAUAUUGCAGACUCACAAAGUUACAAAUACCCAUACACACAAACUAGAACACUCACUCAAUCUCUCUCACAUACGGACACACAAACCAAACUAAUUCAGCUUUUCUCCCAUAUUGUGAAGUAGAAACUCACACCAUCACAGGUCUAGACUGGGAUUCAGAAUAGGCCCUGGCAUUUCAAAUACACAGAGGGCCAAACAGCCCCCCACAAGCCCAAUAUAAAGUGACUGUCUAUGGCAUCUUACAGCAGCCCCUCUGGCAUUUGACAGCAUCCACAGCAUCCACAGAUUGCCCAGAGUAUCCAAAGGAACCCCACACAUACCACAUAUGCCAAGUUCUUGCUGGACUCAAACCCAGGACCCCACGAUUAUGCAGAGAUUCAGCAAUAGGUGGAUCAUUUGGAUAUUAAAUUAUUAUACGGACAGGGAGCCCUUUAUCUGCUUAAAAGUAAAACUCCAUGCCUGGUCAAGUGGCCAUCUGGCCAAGGUUCAGACUGGAACACCAGGACACCGGGAAAAAUCCUGGUGGGCCCUGGUAGCCCAGACCCGACCUUUGCUGGCGCUCCCCCUCCCAUGUUAAAUUUCCUCACGCUUAGGGGGUGGGGGACCCUGAGGGGGGUUAGGGGACGCGGCCAGUGGGGGCACCUGCAGGAGCCCCUGUGGGCCCUGCACCCCCCAGUCUGACCCUGCCCUUGACCCACCUUACAUGGAUGUCCAUGUACUGAACAUGCUUUUGACAUACACUUCAUUGAGUGUUUAGAAUAUACUGUAUAGAGUGCAACCAAGACCCUUUAUUACACCAAAGGGAAAGCUUGGCAUUUGUAUAAUUGGUUUUAUAAACAUGUAUUAAGUUUUACACAACAUACUGCAUGUUUUGGGUGUAAUAAAAUAAAGGUCUGAUUUUCUUCCCAGUU